GUGGAGGAAGAUGAGGAGGAAGAGCACAGUGAGUGUGUUGUGCUGCGUGGGAUCUUCAAACUGGGGAAGAAGAGUCAUGAUGUACUGCUCACCCGAACCAGACUGACCUGGACCCCCAUCACCCCCGAGAACCCCACAGGUGAGGCGUGCGUGCUGCAGCCAGGUGUGAUGCUGCUACAGGACGUGUUUGCAGUGAAGGUGAAGCGGCGGCGAGCAGCGGGCCAGGAGUCUGGGGGAGCUGUGCUCGGUGUGGCUCUGUUCUGCUGCAGGAGGAAAGGGAGGAGGCUGGAGGAGGACACGCUGCACCUCCACAAUGCCUCCGCCGAGCACACAAACACCUGGUACAACACCCUGAAGGAGCUGCUCACAGGGUUCAGCAGUCGGCCCAGGUAUCUGAAGGUGUUCAUCAACCCCAGCAGCCACAAGAAGGAGGCCGUUCACAUCUACAGAGAACAUGUGGCUUCGCUCUUCAAGAUGGCGGACGUCCGCACCGACAUCACCGUGACAGAGAGGAAGGGUCAUGCUCUCUCAGUGAUGAAGGAAUGCAAGCUGGAUGAAUAUGAUGGGGUGGUGUGUGUUGGGGGGGACGGCUCGGUGGCAGAGCUUUGUCACGCCCUGGUCCUCAGAGCUCAGCUGGAUGCAGACUCUCCAGAGAAACCAGUGAAACCAGUGCUUCCACUGGGGAUCAUUCCUGCUGGCUCUACAGAUGUGGUUUCCUGUUCUGUCCAUGGAGUCAGAGAUCCAGUCACUGCAGCCCUGCACAUCGUCCUGGGUCACCUGCAGCAGGUGGACAUGUGCAGCUUCUCCUCUCUCGGACAGUUGGUGUGUUUUGGUUUCUCCGCCAUGUUUGGCUUUGGUGGGCGCAGCUUAGCACGGGCAGAGAAGAAGAGGUGGAUGCCAUCAUCGCGACGACGAGAGUACGCUCUGGUGAAGACUCUGGCUAGACUAAGACCAGAGGACUGUCAGCUGUCUUUCCUACCAACGAAGAAGUCAACCACGAAUCUGUUUGAACGUCGAAACCAGGAUCAGGACCUGGACCAGGAUCCAGAUUCAGAGGGGGAGGAGUCCUGGACGACCAAUCAGGGGCUGUAUCUGAGCGUCAGCAUCAUGUCCAUCCCCUGCCUGAGUCCACAUGCUCCUCGAGGCCUGGCUCCCAACACCAGUUUGGCAAAUGGCAGCGCGGCACUGAUCGCAGUGGGAAACACUUCCAGGUCAGAGUUCGUCAAACACCUGAAGAGAUACAGCAGCUCCAGCGGACAGUUCAGCUUCUCUUUCGUGGAAACGCACGCCGUGUCAGCGGUGAGGAUCCGCCCCCGUUCAGUGAUUGGCUUAUCGGAGGAGGAGAGCGAGGAGGAAGGCGACUCCAAAACAAAGCCCAUCAUCCAAUCAGAGGGAGCCGCCUUCCCCUGGAAUAUCGACGGAGAGCUGGUGGAGAUUGCUAACGAAGUGCUCAUCAGGGUACACCCGCGGCUCAUCACUUUGUAUGGGGAGGAAGUGGACGAGGCUGAGUCGACUAUUUCCUGCAGCUGCAUCUGAGUCCAGCUGAAG